AUGAAGGUGACUUCUAUAGCGCUUGGCAUAGCUGCACUAGGAUCUGUCGAUGCUAAGAAGACACCCUUUCAACGACGCAUUGAAAAGUCUUUCAAUUUACUUGACGAGUGGGCCUAUUUUAACAUGGCGAACCACACCAAGUACACCGACAUUGUCCCGGAACUAGACAACCAGAGCAAAUUUAACUACAAAGUGACCACGGUUCGGAGUAAAGUCGUUGACUACUAUUUGAAAUUGGUCGGAAAGAUUGCGUCUGGCUGCGCGUCGCUCGAUAACUGCGAAGAAUAUUUGACAUGUACCGGUGUUGGAGAUAGGCUGAACGAUCUGACUCGCUCGAAACCAAUGGUUCAGGAGUCCGACUAUUUCCUUGAGUUUACAAAGUCGCACCUGAAACGCUCUCUGAGAAAGUCCUUAUCGCUGGAAUGCGGAGCAGACCAAGAGAAGCUGGACAAGUUUACGGCAAAAUUUGAGACACUGGUCGAAAAGUUCCGUGAAUGGCGGCUGCAAUGUAGCAAAUUUCCAGCGAGCAAGUGCCCUGCGUAUUGCGACGUUAUCGAGAGAAAUAGCGGUAAAGUCUGCAAAGAACAAGGAUGGACGAAACCACCCAAGGAUGUUUGA